AUGGACAGCAUCUAUGGCUUCAUCAGUCAUGUAUGGCGGGUAUACUAUCCCGAAUUUGAAAAGCCAACUGAGACUGGUGAAUUAACGGACAAGCCGGAGGCCAGACUGCCUGAUGAACAUGAAAUAGUUGAGUAUGACGCAAAGCACAAUUUGAGUGAAGAUGAUGUUAAGCAAGUCGGUGUUGCAAUUGCAGAAGCGACAUAUGCUGUGACUGGGUAUACAUGGUACUUACUCGUGAUUUUCCUAUGGAUCGCGUAUUUCGUGUUUGCACUUGAUAACCAAACGGCGCUCAAUUUUGCAUACAAUGCAACAAGUCAACUGGAGAGUGAUCAGGGGCGGGCGAUGGAGACAUACUCACAAUCAUAUACGGCCCAGUCAUUGUUUGUGGCUAUUUCUAAGCUUUUUAUCGCCAAACUUGCUGAUAUUUUUGGUCGGUCUGUCGCAAUGAUGGUUACGAUUUUCUGUUAUACACUAGGAUUCUUGAUUAUGACUGUUUCACAGUCUGGUAACAAUUACACUGGUGGAUCUGUAUUUUAUGGUAUCGGAAAUUCCGGUCUCCAAAUGGUUAUUUGGAUUAUCUUGGCUGACAUUUUGUCGGCAAGAUUCCGUGUACUUGGCUACGGUUUUGUGACGCUCCCGAUUUUUAUAACUUUCGUGGUGGGUGCCAAGAUAUUGAAAGCUCUCAUCGCUUCGAAUUGGCGAUGGGUGCCGGGGAUGUUUUGCAUAUUGGCGCCCGCAGUAUUGACGCCAAUCUUGUGUAUGCUGUUGUAUCUGGAGCACAAGGCGAAGCGAAGUGGGAUUGUACCUCGUCACCCGUAUUUGAGGAAAGGCUUCCAUCACGCACUUUGGGAAUUUUUCCUGGAUGUUGACCUGGUUGGCUUGGUGCUUCUUGUCGGAGGCUUUGCCAUGAUUGUUGUGGCUCUCAUCCGUGCCAGUAGCCCGUCCAUUGUUGAGUCUACUUGGUCGAGUGCCUGGGUGAUUGGAUGCUUGACGGUUGGUCCGAUUAUUCUGGUGAUUCUUCUUCCGCUAUAUGAAUGGUUUAUCUCACCACGUCCUUUCCUGCGCCUAUCUUGGAUGAACUCUGAUGUCUUGAUUGCGUUUGUGGUGGGCUUUUUCGACAACAUGGCAUUUAUGUGUGGCUUCCAAGUGGCAUACAACUGGGUCUAUAUUUCUUAUGGUUAUAAGGCUUCGGAUGUUGAUCUGGCUAACUAUUUCACGAAUUCAGAUAAUCUUGCAUUAACGUUCUUCGGUGUGGUGGCUGGCGUUAUUAUUCUGUUUACGCGACGAUUCAAGUGGUUUUUGGUGGCUGGCGCUGCGAUUCGAACGAUCGGUUUUGGCCUUCAGAUCAAAUACCGCACGCUAGACACCUCCAUGACCCAAGCUGUGUGGGCACAGAUUGUUCAGGGUAUUGGAGGUGCUUUCUUGGGUGAAGUAACAACAUUACUAAGCCAAAUAACUGUGCGGCACCAAGACGUGGCCAUGGUCACUAGUGUAUACCUUACGUUGUUUUCCCUGGGCAGUACGAUCGGCCUUGCUAUAUACAAUGCUCUUCUGGAUUCUCAUUUUCCCGCGGCUUUGGACAAGUAUGCAACUCUACUUUCUCCGGUGCAUAGAGCUUUUGUAGCGGCUAGUGGGCCGUACAGUGCACUUACCUCCGGACCAAAUUUGGAUCAGCAUCCAGAGAUGAAAAGGCAAGUUGGCAUGGCAUACAAUGAAUCAGCAAAGCACGUUUUGUACUUCUGUAUUGGCAUUUCAGCAGCACUCAUUGUCAUUACGCUCUUUGUUCGCGACUGGGUCCUCCCUCGCUCCCACAACGUCGUGAGUAACGAACUGCCAGAGAAGAACCCCUUGCAUAUGGCAUCAGAUACGACCUAUGAUCAGGCAAUCCAUGAUGCAGAACAAUCGAACAUGGACUCGCCGACAUGCUCAUCCCCUACAGAAAAGACGACGGAAGAGCAUGUACAUGAGCAUGAUAUGUCGCAACAGCGUGACAUAGUCAACAUGGGUGCUUCUACGCAGGAUGUGGUCGUCACCGGGAAUUAG